GCGUCUGCCAUAGGGCGGCACGAAAAACAGCAGCUAGACGGAGAAGAGAAAACGCCGUCACACGUGAAUCAGCCUCCCCCUCGCCCAUCGCCCUCCAUGUGGUUGUCCUAUUGCCGAGCGCCAGCCCGCGUGACGCCUCGCUAGCCUCCACCUGCACAACACUUUCCCGGUGCGGUUCUGCUGCGGCGUUUCUCCUAGGUAGGCGGCAAAACGGAUUACUUUCACAUUCCUGGCGUCGAAAUCAUCAGUGAGUGAGCCUUCGAGACCCGCCUGACGAUGAGCUACCCCCAGCAGAACCCCUACUACCCGCCGCCUCAGCCAGGAUUCCAGAUGCCGCCACAGGGUGGCUACUACCCGCCUCCGCAGCAGCAGGCGCCCUACUACCCACCACCGCAGCCGCAAGCCACCACCGUGGUCGUGCACGAAAAAAAGAAGGAUGACGAUUGCUGGAAGAACUGCUGCCUCUGCACGCUGUGCAUGGCUCUGUGCUGUUGGUGUUGCAGUGACUGAUUCCUGGGACCACGUCAACAUCCGGCCAGCUUGGCUCUACCUGGAGCGAACGGGAAGGACACUGGUAAAAGCGCUCCAGAAAGGGCGCUUAUAUUCGAACGACUAGAGAAUGGUGUAGACGUCCGGCCCCGCGGAGUCGCGCUGUCGCCGCCACACUGUCGUUCGAUGACUACUGCAGCGACGUCGCUGCAGUGGCUGUGGGAUGACGACGAGGGUGGCGGUGCGGCACUCCGCUGUGGGGCCAUAUACGGCAUCUUCCUUGUAUAUUGUUUAUCGAGAAUGGCAGCCCGUGAACGUCCACCAUACCUGAAAGACUUUCCUCUGCGUUCCACCCGAGUGCCCCGAAGGGGACACGUGUUCCGAUUAUUCGCUUGUGCAAAAAUGGUGCAUCAACUUUGAAAAUUACUAACGCAUGCAGUACGAGUAGGGUAGCAUCCCGGCGUCGUUUAUACAUCUCUUUGAACAUCCAUAUAUGCACAGAUGAUUCCCAGUCUCUAUACCGUAUAGUGGCACGCCCAAACUAAGGGGAUAAUAAUUAGGCCGUCCAUAGAUUUUCUACGCAAGAUGUACCGUGGGGUUUUAUACUGUCGCUGCUUUUUCUUUUAUUGUACUUUUGGUACCAUGUAUAUACGAAAUAAUGUGUAUAAACAGCAACAAAUUGCAUUGCGUCACAGUCUGUUUUUAUUCGUGGGAUUUAUUUAGAGAGCAUUCCAGGAGAAUCUAUUUAGCUCUUUUGGGAUAUACUAUACUGCUUGAUAUGUAACAUUUGUGGUGUGAGGUGUUGGAAACAGCCCACACAUUUUAUGCUUAAAAUCAAAUUGCGCAGUUGUUUUUGUUGGCACGCCUAUGAAAUGGACUUUGUGCACUUGCAUGUGGCUUUGAAAAUUUCGUUGAGGCAACGUACAGGGUGGAUGAGAGCUAUUUUUUCUACAUGCAUGGGCUAUCCCUUCAUGACACUUAAAUAUCCAGAAGUUGUGUUUCUACGGGAACACAGACAUAUAAACUUCGACAUUUACAAAUCAUGGUACAAUCUUGAAAGAUACCUUUUUUCUAAUAAAAAGAAUAUGCCUAAACA